CUGACUGGUUUUCACUCUUUAGCCUUCACCAUACAGCGCACACGGCACAAACUCUCCGGAAUCAGCCGGCAUUGCUCUUGAAAAGAAAUUCUUGCCAAUAUUCUCAAUUUAUAUUCCCAACUUAUUUUCUUAUUUUCCCUAAAAAAAAUUCCCUAAAAAUCACUACGAAUUUUCAAACGUAAAAAAAAAGUUCAUCAAAAUUAUGCGAUUGUGCAAAAAAGUGUAUGUGAGUUUUAAGAGACCACCGGAUCCGUGACAAAUAACGAUAAAGAGGACGUGAAUUUCUGAUUACAAAACGAAGAAAUUAAUUAAUUAAUGAAUAUCUCAAGGAGAGAGAGAAAAAAUGCCGAUUGGCUUGACAACUUUGGCCGGAACCGCAUCGCUUUUAGGGUGGGGUUUAAUUCCACUAUUUGCGAUUGGCUUCACUGUUUUUCGAUACCAAAAUGCCGAUCCAGAAACUCAUCCAAUCAAUGCUCAAGAGCUAUUGCCAAUGUAUGACUUCAUAGUCGUCGGGGGUGGAAGUGCCGGGGCAGUGGUAGCGUCAAGAUUAUCAGAAAUUACAAAUUGGAAUAUUCUGCUAUUGGAAGCUGGCAGUGAUGAAAAUGAAAUAUCAGACGUGCCAGCAUUGGCUGGUUACACACAAUUAUCUGACUUUGAUUGGAAAUAUAAAACAUCAUUUCCAACAACUUCGGCUUAUUGCCUCGCCAUGGUCGGAGAUCGAUGCAAUUGGCCACGAGGAAGAGUUCUAGGUGGAAGUAGCGUCUUAAACGCUAUGAUCUACGUACGAGGAAAUAGGCUCGACUACGACAACUGGGCUCGACUCGGCAACACUGGAUGGAGUUACGACGAUGUGUUACCCUACUUCCUAAAAUCGGAGGACAAUAGAAAUCCUUAUCUCGCACGAACACCAUAUCACAGCACCGGUGGUUACCUAACCGUUCAAGAAGCACCAUGGAGAUCGCCACUGUCCAUAGCCUUUCUUCAAGCCGGCGCCGAACUGGGUUACGAGAAUCGCGACAUCAAUGGCGCCAAUCAAACAGGCUUCAUGUUGGCUCAAGCCACAAUGCGACGUGGCAGCAGAUGUUCCACGGCAAAAGCCUUUCUACGUCCCGUGCGAAACCGUAAAAAUCUUCACAUAGCCAUGAACUCCCAAGCUUUGAAGUUCGUCUUCAAUGAAGAUAAGCGAGCAACUGGUGUCGAAUUUCUCCGCAAUGGUGUUCGACAAACGAUAAAAGUCCGUCGUGAAGUUGUCCUAUCGGCAGGGGCGAUUAAUUCACCGCAAUUGCUGAUGCUGUCGGGUAUUGGUCCCAAGGAGCAUUUAGCACAAUUUGGAAUACCGGUUUUAUCCGAUCUUCGUGUUGGGGACAAUCUUCAGGAUCAUGUGGGUCUCGGUGGUUUGACAUUUUUGGUGAAUGAACCAAUAACGGUCACGAAGCAACGUUUUCAAAAUUUUCCGGUCAUGAUGGAGUAUAUUUUGAACGAGAGAGGACCGAUGACCACGCCAGGUGUGGAGGGUUUGGCGUUCGUCAAUUCCCGAUAUGCCGACAAGUCCGGCGACUAUCCGGACAUACAGUUUCACUUUGCGCCGAGUUCGGUGAAUUCUGACGGUGGCGAUCAGAUCCGUAAAAUUCUGGGUCUCAGGGACAGUGUCUACAAUACCAUGUACAAACCUCUGGUCAAUGCCGAAACGUGGACAAUUCUCCCACUGUUACUACGACCGAAAAGUUCCGGUUGGGUUAGGCUCAGAAGCAAAAAUCCACUAGUCUAUCCCGACAUCAAUCCUAAUUACUUCACUCACAGGCAGGACAUGGACAUCUUAGUGGAAGGAAUCCGAAUAGCAAUGGCCGUAUCAAACAGUUCGGCUUUUCAGAGAUUUGGCUCAAGACCCCUACGAACAAAAAUGCCCGGUUGCCAAAAGUUCCCAUUCGACACCUACGAAUACUGGGAAUGCGCCAUCAGACACUUCACUUUUACGAUCUAUCAUCCGACGGGAACUUGUAAAAUGGGUCCGAAGGAUGAUCCAACAGCGGUUGUUGAUCCUCGAUUACGGGUCUAUGGCGUGAAAGGUCUAAGGGUCGUGGACGGAUCCAUCAUGCCGGUGAUAAUGAGCGGGAACCCGAAUGCGCCGAUUAUUAUGAUCGGCGAGAAAGGCAGCGAUAUGAUCAAGGAAGAUUGGCGGGUUAAGAGUAAACAAGUCGGUAGAUGACAGUGGUGAUGUUUAGGUGGACUAAAACACUUUUAAUAUGAAAGUGGAACUAGUUUUAGGCAAGAAUCUUAUUUUUAUUAUUUAAAUCAGAUUUAUGUAAAUAGAUAGAAAACAAAAUCUUGCUCAGUUUGACAUGUGCCUUCAAAUCCUAGUCUAGAGUUAUUUUUCCGUGUGUUUGUAUUUAAUAUUAUUUGUGAAAUACCAAAGAAGCUCAUGUACAGUUUGUAAUCUGUAAUUUUUUAUUACUUUUUGGGGAGAGUUGUAGAUUGUCCAUUUAAUUUCUGUUAUCCCUGAAGUUAACGUCGAUAACUAUUUUUUUGGGGUUCUUUUUUCCCCUAGGGAUUUAAAACUUCUUUUACGAACUUUUCUAACUUGAAACCUUUGAAAGAAUUGUUUUCCUCUUUUCGAUUUCGUGAAAAAAAAUUGUUUUCGACGCCGAAAGUCGACGACAACUUCAGGGGUCCUAAUUUUUGAAACCCCUGAAAACUUAGCGACGAAAUUCAGUCUUGAAAACUACUUUUGGGGUUCUUUUUUCCCCUAGGGAUUUAAAACAUUUUUUCGUAGCAUUUUUGUAACUUGAAACCUUUGAAAAAAUUGUUCGAUUUCAUGAAACGAAACGUUUUUCGACGCCCAGCGUCAAAAACUAAUAUUUGGAGUUUUUAGAGACAAAAAUAUCACUAAUUUCACUUCUUUCCUUUAGAUAGAGAGCUCAAAAAUAUUUUCUUCGUAUUUUUUAAUCUAAAAUCAACGAAAAAAAUUGUAAAAUUCUUUCCAUUUCGUGAAAAAAAGACUUUUUGUCGCCUAGCAUCGAAGCCAACUUCAAGGGUCUUAAUUUUUUAUGUCUCUGAAGUUAGCGUCGACGCUUAGCGUCUAAACUAUUAUUAUUCAAAGUUCAUAGUUCAUUUUUUAACCUAAAAUCUGCCAAAAAAAUUGAUUCUCUCAAUUCAGCAAAUAAAUAUGUUUUGUUUGCCAACUUCAGAGACGAAAAAUUACUUAAACAAAAAUGGUAAAUUUUACUCCGGACAUAGUAAAAAUUAAAAUUCUAAAAUUCGCAAAAAUUCCUAACACGAUUUCACUAUAAAAGUAGUAAAAGUUACAUUUUUUUUUCUAUUAAAAUAAAACUUUUCAUUUUCCGGACUAAAAUUAACGACAUAAUAAAUUACUCUCACAGAAUUCUAAUUAACUUGGGAAUAAGUAGGUAAUAUUAUUAAAUUAAACUUUUAAGCAAAUUUUAAUUAACUUCUUCAAUAAACUUUAUUACUCGACAGUAAAAAUGUCUGCGAAUGUUAUAUUUUAAUUAAGUUGAGUAUAAAAAAUAAGAAUAGCGAAAAUAUCUAGAAAAGUACAAGAAUAUUUUUUAUAACCAAAUCUACGAUUGACAAAAUGUUAUCGACAUAAUUUAACUGAAUAAAUUUUUUAUCAAAACGAAAAAAA